AUGUCUGACCCUUCCACCACCCCAUUGCCACAUCCACCACUCUUGCCUGACCGCCAACCCCUCCACCACCACCACUCUGUGCCACUCAUCCAAGGUGCCGCCACUGCAGCCGCAUCCUCUUCCUCCUCCCUCGCCCGAGAGUACCGCAAGGGAAACUGGACCAUCCAAGAGACUCUCAUUCUCAUCACUGCCAAGAAGCUCGAUGACGAACGCAGGCUCAAAUCCCCACACGACCCCACCAGGCCUGCAUGUAGCUCCACUACCUCCUCCGCGGCCAGAAGCAGCGGCGAGCUGCGCUGGAAAUGGGUUGAAAACUAUUGCUGGAGUCAUGGGUGCUUGAGAAGCCAGAACCAAUGCAAUGACAAAUGGGACAACCUCCUCCGUGAUUACAAAAAGGUCCGAGACUACGAGACGAAAUCACAACAACAGCAGCAACAAUCUCACGAUGUCAACCACUUUCCUUCUUAUUGGACCCUCAACAAACAACAACGUAAGGAACAAAAUCUCCCCUCCAACAUGGUCUACGAAGUCUACCACGCCAUCACCGAAGUCCUUCAAAGAAAACAAACACAAUCACAGACUCAAAGACAACCACAAUCACAAUCACAACCUCCAGUUGCAUUAGCUAUUGCCUCAUCACCCCUCCCACUACCACCUCCACCACCCCCACCUCCACCAGUUACUUCUACCACUCCGGCAGUUUCAGAGAGGUCAGAAUCAUCAGGCACGGAGCACAGUGAGGAUGAUGAUGAUGGGUCAGAGUCAAAACGUAGAAAAGUUAAGAACCUUGGUUCAAGCAUAAUGCAGAGUGCAUCUGUUCUAGCUCGAGCUCUAAGAAGUUGUGAAGAGAAGAAGGAGAAACGACACCGUGAACUGAUUGAGCUGGAGCAAAGGCGGCUUCAGAUGGAGGAAACUCGGAACGAGGUUCACCGGCAAGGCAUUGCCACCCUUGUAGCCGCGGUCACCAACCUUUCCGGUGCCAUUCAAUCACUCAUUAAUUCUGGACGUCAUGGGCAAAGAUAA